AGAGAGGUAGGGAAAGAGAAGGACAAGGGAAAAUGAAUCAAGACAGCACUAAGAAGAGUGUGAGCAAAAGGUGGAAAAGAUGAGCUUUGUUUAGGUAUCGGGGUCCAAGAUUGUAGUACAAAGAAUGUGCGAUCUUCGGCGGGCGGUGAUUGAGUAGACGAUAUGGAGCGAAGAGAAAAGAAGGAAUUGAAACUGUGUACAGAGGGUAGAAAGGUAUGGGUUUCUCGACUUAAUUUUUUUCUUUAAUAUUCUGUAAGUCGGUACGGCACGAUCACGUGUGUAUUUACUCAACGACAGAUUUCUCAGUGUGCCGAUCCUUCGGGCUAGGUAGCUCAGCUUGCUUCGUUCGCCGGCUAGCGUGACGGAUUCCGAUUUACUAAGCAGACGACCCGAGACAUUGAUACUUCUACAUCUCCCGCGCCUUUUCUUUUCAUUGCCCUUCCUCCCCACACAUCACGUCAUUUUCUUCGACCGAUAUGAACAUGUCCGUCCAUCUUAUGCAGGACUUAGGAGGUUAAGUCUCGCUCGGACUGGUUGUUGCCAUGUGACGUCAUCAAUCUGAUCUCUCAGGACAAACUUUGGACAUUGUUUCUCUUUUCCUUCUUUUUCUCAUCGCUGGAAGAUUUUGUGGAUAAGCGUGACAAGGGAGUCGCUAAGAAGUGUAUGUGCUUGUGUGAAAUGGAUCGUUGAAGAAUCUGUAUCGAGGCUUGAUUGCUAUUUUAUCCAUCGGGCAUCGCUGAGCCAUGCGGCCCAACUUGGUGUGGUUAUUCCAUAUCAUUCUGCUGGUUGAGUUCUCACACCAACCCAAGCUCUUGGCCCUUUCGUCGGUGGUGGCACUCGGAGCCAACGUAAUCUGCAACCGCAUACCCGGUUUGGCUCCCCGGCAGCGGGCCAUCUGCCAGAGGAGGCCAGAUGCCAUAGUGGCCAUUGGAGAAGGUGCACAGAAGGCCGUACAGGAGUGUCGCUUCCAGUUCCGCAAUGGAAGGUGGAACUGCACCCUGCCCAAGUAUGACGAGACCAUCUUUACACAGGAUGUGCCUGCUGAUUCCCGGGCAGGUAAUCGCGAGGCGGCCUUCCGUAAAGCCAUCACUUCAGCCGGGAUCACCCACGCCAUCACCGAGGCAUGCAUGCAGGGAAACCUCACCAACUGCAGCUGUGAUCGUAGCAAGGAGACCGGGGUCACCGACGAGGGCUGGCGAUGGGGAGGCUGCAGUGCCGACGUCGAGUAUGGGCUCAGGUUUUCACGGCUUUUCGUGGACUCUGGAGAAGUAGCGAAUAAUGCCAAGACGCUCAUGAAUCUACACAACAACGAGGUUGGCAGAAAGGUUGUCGAGGAUCAUGUGGGAAUGGAAUGCAAAUGCCACGGUGUUUCAGGCUCGUGUACAACCAAAACGUGCUGGACAAUGCUGCCAAAUUUUCGAUCGGUAGGUGACGUCCUCAAAGAAAAAUACGAAAGAACUCUCCAAGUGGAGCCCGUCAAGGCCAAACGAACUAGGAGACCAACUUUUCUCAAAGUCAAAGACUCCGAGAACUACCGGAAGCCGCGCUUAUCGCAUUUAGUUUUUUUGCACCGGUCGCCGAACUAUUGCGAGUUCGACGAGAACAAUGGUUCGAUGGGGACUGUGGGACGGAGAUGCAACCGGACAUCGACAUCGACGGACAGCUGUGAUCUCAUGUGCUGUGGCAGGGGCUACAACACACAUCAGUACACGAAAAUAUGGCAGUGCAACUGUAAAUUUUAUUGGUGCUGCUACGUCAGAUGCAAUCAGUGUAGUGAACAGACUGAAGAAUAUACGUGCAAAUGACACGGAGCUAGUGUACGGACUAUCAGCAGCAGAGUGUCCUAGAUGGGUUUUUAUUUAAUGAUGGACUGCAAUGUGGUUAACAGUUAUUUUACAGAUUGUGAUGUUUUAGCGUCAUGAGAAAGUCAUUUUGAACUUUGAAAUGUCGACGAUCAAAUCGACGACUGGAAUCAGAAGUUAUAGAAUUGAGAGAUGACUUGUGUUUCAAAGUGGCUAACCUCCUAAAAGGAGAACAAAAGACAGGUGGUGUUUCCAGCAUACAAUGAAGCCAGGGUACUCCUGCCCCGCCGCCCGUUUGGAGACUGCAUCUUACGGGCAUGGCGAAAUACAUUACGCAGCCACCCCACUUAUCAUUUUAUGGAUACGCCAUUUGUGUCUUUGUUAAUUUCGAUUGCUUUCUCACUAGGUUAAUUAGGCCUGCAGAACAUGAACUUUAAAGGAACUGUUUGUUUACUUCACGAUUUCUGCUAGAAAGAAUAAAGCAAGACUAUCGCCAUAACUUAUAUUGACAAAAUUAGACACACUGGUCUUAUUAUGUGUUAAUCAUGCUUAUUUUUUCUCUAUCCUCUUAGCGCAACAAAAUAGUGGCGAGACUUGAUACUACUUGCUUAGCUGUUCUUUGCCAAAGCUCUAACACGCUUAGUACCAAAAGCUUGCAGAGAUCAAACAAUAUUGCAUAACACAUCUUCGCUCGAUAUCUUGUGUAAUCAAAUGUGUGCAUGUCGAGCGGGAUGGUGCAAACUAUAUCAAGCAGACGUUAACUUGUAGCUUUGACCUCUAGCUAAACCUAUCAGUUAAAUCAAACCUCUCAGAUGCUAUCAGAUGCCAUUUCCGUUUACUUUUGUCAAUAUAAGAAAUAAUAUUACGCUAAUCCUCCUGGUUAUCUUCGUGGACAGUCUUCGAGACAAGUUUAAUUGAAAGAAGACAGUUUUGAGGGGGGUACUGAAAGGUUGUAACUGCUUAUUAAAUAGGCGCGAUAAAUCUUACCUUUAACAUGAGAAUGACAACAACUGUUUAUUUAUGAUACUAUAUUGUCUUUAUUCUAUUAUGAUUACUAGUCUAUAUCUGUUUUGCCCGAUUUAUCAGAAAGAGAUUCAUUGCCUUCCAAGGAUAAGCUCAUGCAACCAGUGAAGCGGUUUCAAAUUUUGGCAAUAAUUGUGGAUAAUGCCCAUUACAAUGACUAAAUACCUCUACCAUGAUGUUACUUGCAAUCUUAGUAGAUGUAUGUUUGAAUUAAAAGAAUGGAGGAAUUUACAAAUGUUGGGUUGCAAACGGAAUCUUAAAACACAAUAAAAACUCAAAGUAAUAAGCUUUGUACGAAUCGUUGCCAGUCAUCUCUUUGCGUUUGCCAAAAAGGUAUUUAGAAUAUUGUUUUAUAUUAAAGUAUCCCACUUCCACCACUUCAAGAGGAGCGUCAACCAUUUUUUACAGAAUGGAGGGGGGGGGGGUAUUAGUACUCGAGAAUGCUUUUAUUCUGGAUAAAUUACUCUUUUAAAUACCUAACUAGGGUGACCUGUUACCUUCCCCGAACUACUUAAUAAUAUUUCCCAUUUAAUUUUUUACUUUCUUUAUAAUCAUUUGUCUAUCAGAUUUUCUAACUUUUAACCAAAUCUUUAAAUCAGAAAUAACUAAAUACGAAAUAUUGAUUAUUAAUCAAGCCUCUAUCGGGGCUGUAAAUCUAUAAAACUUUUCGCAUAUUUUUCAACAAGAAAAGUGUCAUUUGUAGAUAUUAUGAAGUUGAUGUUUAUGAUAUUCCAGUAAUUGCUUUCAAACAAUUUUACUAUACGUAAAUAGGACCACAGUGUUUGAUAUAUUUUGUAUGGGCCUACAUGAAUUUCAUUCUGUUACGAAAUGUAAAAUAUCGGUGUGAAAUACUGUAUUAAACAUAAAGGAAAAAUAUUGGAGGGUUUCAAAUGUCUGACAAUGGUUAUGGUCUUGCGAAGUUCAAAUGCAUAGAAUAGGAUAUUGAUACAGUUGAGGAGUUGAUCGAAAAUCGAUACUCAUUAAAACAUAAAGCACUAAUUAUUGCGUUCAAUGACACCCAACCUUCGUUAUUUAUGUGAUCAUUAUAUUACCACAAGUUUAUGUACCCAUCUCCUUUUCAGGGAUUCGUCUCGUAUUUAUAACAAAGAUAAUAUAACAAACGGUGUCUGGUAACUGGUAAAUACCUCCAAAAACAAGAGCGAGGAUUUAGGUAUUUAGUCGACGGAAACAUGGGAAAUCAUGUUUGUAUGCUCGUCACUGGAAUUAUUUGCGAAUUAUAGGUGAACCCGUUAACAUUCCAGAAAAGAUUAUUUCCCCCCAUGCCAGACUUAUUUUACCCCAUUCGUCUGCAUUAUUUCUCGUCCCAUAUCCUUUUCUUUUAAAUUCUCGUCCAAGUUAUUUAGGACAAAACCUUGAUUUUAAAUGAAUUUGCAGGCUACGGUGAGCAUGUCUGAGAGAUUCGGGCAGCUUCUUAGAUUUUCCCCAAUUCCAUCUAAGCACAGCUCUUCAAAACAUCAUGACCGCUUUUAAUAUUGACAGUUAUUUCUAUCCGCAGUGUACACAUCACACCGCAUAUUUGUGCAACGUAUUUUCUCUCUUUCGCCACGUUCUUAUAAUAGUCUGCCAAGUCUUUUUUUUCUUCUUCACCCUCUGAUCUUACCUCCACCUUCCGUCGCUUUUCCUUUAUCAGUUCCCGCACAUACAUAAUGAGUUUAUAAUGACAUCCCACUUCACAUGAGUUUACUUCUCAUCGGGUAAAUGGGUUGAUUUAUUCAUUCUCCUCGAAGGCAAUGCGCAAAUAGCCCCGAGUCAAAAGCGUCAUAAUCCACUCCGCCAUCAAAUUCAAUCCAUUCCUCCCCAUCAUGUAUCGCCUUUCUUUCUUUUAUUCGGUUAAACUGUUAAAGCGAUUUAACACUUUUGAAGAAAAGAAAAGAAAAGCUGACAGGUUAUCAUCAAGUUAAGCUUUCAUCUUGACAAGUGGAUCGUUCUCCUGUCAAAUUAAACAAUGCGUUUAUACUAGAAACAUAUCGGCUUAAAUGUUCAAGUGGAAGAGUGUCGCAAAUCCUUCAAUUUUAUCAUUAUUUGGUAAAUGCUUCCUUUUUGUACCUAACGAUGUUUUGUUUUUGAAUCGUAUGUAACUGAUUAUGUAAGUUAUCUUCGAAAGUGCGGUUGUAUCCUAUUAGUAUCAGACUUCGCAUAAUCAUUGCCUUCAAUAUAUUCUAUAACAAGUUCUUUAAGCUCUUAUGUAACUUGUAACUAUGUCUGCGGUUAAUUUUAACUUAGUGAGUAUAUUAGCUACACAAUGUCAAACAAAUAAUCAUUGUCGAUAUUUAGAUAUGCUAACACUGAGUUUCAUUCAAUAUAUUUCUUUAUUCAAAUGGAGAUUCAGUGAAAUGUAUACCUGUACCAUUGAUCAAAACGAAUUAAGAAACUCAGUUUUUAACCGUUGAAAGAAGAAAUUUUAAUGCGGUAGGAAAUGAUAACGGCUACCAUAUACACAAAUAUGAUAUCACAGAAUAAUGAUCAUGGACAAACAAACUUUAAAAUUGAAUUAUUUUAUUUUGUAUUGUAUCACCUUUUAUCAAUUUUAUGAAUUAUUUAAAAAAGUGACAUGAAAAUAUAAAGGAACAUCAAGGAAAUACACGGGGAAAUAGAAAAGCUAUAACGGUUCCAAGAGAAAAGCUAAUUUGAUUUGCUCCGCAGAAGAUUUGAUUUACACUCAGCCAAAAAACAAGAGAGUAGACACUUUUUAUUGUUUAACAAAUUAACUUAAAGCGUCGAUGAAAUAAAAUUUAAAAAAAAUUAUCAAAUCAAAGAACAUUUAAGGCUCUAACAAGAUCAAUUAUGGCCCAUAUUUUGCAAUUUACCCCAGAGACUUAUUUAUUUUGAAAUGGUUGUACUCACUCAUGCGUGGGUGGUAUGAUUCCAAUUGCAUAUCAUCUUAAAGAAGAUUAAUAUAUGAUUAUUUUGAUAUAUGAAAGAUAAGUUUGUAUCGAUUAUUUAUUCGAAAAUGUUAAUCAUUAUGAGUGUCCACUUUCUUUUUGUGCUGAAUGUAUGUUAUAUUUUGAACAUCAUGAUUUACUCAUGGUAGGAACGACACUUUCAAAAAAGAGACAAAUGUGAUCCAACUACUCUCGCCUUGAGACCUUUUAUGCAUUUCGUGUGUUACCAUGAUAGUGAGAAGAUUAACGAUUUACAAUGACAUUACGACUUUUAAUGCUAUAAUAGCGAUAAAGUUAUAAUAUUUAUCAUAACAAUAUCAAGGGAAAUUAAAGAUUCGUUCGUAGUUUUCAAAAUGUGCUAUUCCGAUAGGUGUAUAAAGAUAUUAUUCGAUGUAUUGCAUCGUAUAUGCUGGUAGUGUUUACCACAGCGAUAAUGGAAAUUCCUCAAACAAGCAUAGCCUCUUUGGUAGCAUUGCCUUUAAUUUUCUUCCACGUUAAUGGAAUUCGUCUAAAAUUAUUUAGUUUUUAUAAUUGGAUGUUGAAUAAAAAGUCUAAAAAUGUUCACACUUUUAAAAAGGUUGAUAUUGUCCUUUCUCGUUCAUGUAUAGGUAUUAAGUAACUCUUGUUAUGACUAUUAAUAAGUCAAGAACAAUUAAUGCCUUUUCCUUAUGCCAAUAAAGAUAUAUGUACGGUGUUGUUUUCUAUGAUUAUGUAUGAUAAAAUCUUUUUAUAUUGUAUAAUAAAAUUAAUUGUCUAUAAUAUCAAA